AUGAGUAACCGAGAAGUGGUCGUUCUGAGUGUGGGAGGUGUGCGAUUUGUAACCCGGGCUUCUACCUUGCAGCAGUUCCCCGAGUCCAGGUUAGCACGGAUGUUGAACGAUGAUGACCGGGAAUUUAAACUGGUGAAUGGAGAGUUUUUUGUGGACAGAGAUGGAACUUUGUUUAGUUACAUCUUGGACUUCUUGAGGACUCUCCAGGUCUCCUUACCUACCAAUUUCUCAGACUAUCAGAGGCUGCAGAGAGAAGCAGAAUUCUAUGGGCUCUACUCUAUGGCCGACCUCCUGAGCCAGGAGCACUUGCUGAAGCCCAGGAUGGAGAUCUUGGAAGUGCGCUUUUCUCUUCAAGAGAUGCAGGCCUUUUUCCGCAUCUUUGGUUCCUGUAGUACCACUGUGGAGACGCUAGCUGAGCAGAUCACUGUGUUUACAGGGCAGCAGUCAGGACAGAGCUGGAACAGCCCCUUUCCUUCUCAGAAACCAUUCGUUCCACUGCCUUUGGAAAGACCUUCUCAUCACGACGUGGUUUUUCAGUGUGGUACUGACUACUCUGCUGUUGACCAGUUUGUGGCCAGGUAUGUUUCCAUAAAGCCUGAUAAUAGAAAGCUGUUUAACGGUGCUAACGUGCUAGGCCUGCUGCUUGACAUUUUACUCAGAGAUGGAUUUCGCCUCAUAAGCACCAGGACGGUCUCCAGUGAAGAAAAAGUCGAAUGCUACAGUUUUGAAAGGCUGAAGAGGCCAGGAGGCCUCACCAUUGCAGUGAACCAGACCUCAGGGAGCUCCAGGGUAGCACGGGCUGGGAGAAGCCAAGUGCAGAAAGGGAAAUAA